AUGAUUGGAUCAAAAGUUCAAUCCUAUAACACAAAUGUCACCUCAAAUAAACCCAAUAGUAUUGGUCUUGCUGGUGGCAAUAUACCGAAUUCUAAUAAUUCUAUACCACUAAAUUCAAAUUCAUAUAACUUAUCUAGAUUUUCUAAUCCGACAUUAAACACUGAAAAUAUAUUAACCAAUAUAAUUUCAAUGGGUAUUAAUAAAGUUGAAUGGAGUGUUUAUAGAUCAAUUAACAGUACAAAUAAUUAUAAUAAUAAUACUAAUAGUUGUAAUAAUAUAAAUAGUAAAAAUUUAAUUAAUGAUCCAAUAUUAUUAUUAUAUUUAAAGACAAUUGAAAAAGGUAUACCAUGUCUUUGGAGAAAAUGUAAAGUUUCAAAAAAAAGCAAUUUCGAUAAAUUUGGGAAUGAUAGUAAUCUAUCUAGUUCAAAAAAUUCACCUUUAAAUAAUAAUAAUAAUAAUAAUAAUAAUAAUAAUAAUAAUAAUAAUAAUAAUAAUAUUAAUAAUAAUAAUGAUAAUACAGUUUCACCAAGAGAUAAUCAAAAUAAAACUUCACCUUCUUCAUCUUCAUCAUCUUCAUCUUCAACAAUAGUUACAAAUACUAAUAGCACAACAACAAAUAUUGGUUCAUCAAAAAAUUCACCAAAAACUCCAUCAUUAUCUGCACCAUCACCAAUAUCACCAUCAAAUAUUACUAAGCAACAGGAAUUACAAUCACCGUCAACAAAUUCUAAAUCACCACCACCUACACCACCAAUUUCAUUACAAUUAAAUAAAAAUCAAAUAUUAGCAUCAGCAAAUACCGAGAAUGAACAAUCAAUUUAUGAAUUGUGGGUUUUUAAUAUAGAUGGUUCACAGUUAGAUUUUUUAGAUUUACAGAGUAUUGAUUCAGGCAUUUUGUGUAUUGAUAGUAUUGAUAAAAAUUGUUAUAAUAGUUUUAUAUAUCAAUUUUUAUUUAAAUCAUUGUAUAAUUUAAUUGAAUAUAAUAUGGUAUCAAAUGAUUUUAUUAAAAUUGGGUCAUCAUUUAUUAAAAGCUCUCAUAUAUUACAACAUCAAAAGGUUACAAAUACAUCAAACAAUUCAAAAUCAGCAACAUCACUAGCAUCGUCAAAUAAUAUUGAAGGUUUAAUUAGUAAUAUAAGCAAUAAAAAGAGGUUGUUCGAUGGUUUUAGUAAUUUAUUUAUAGAUGAAGAUAGUUUAUUAUCAUGUUCAUUUUCAUUUUUCAUAAAUAAUAAAUCAGUUUAUCUUCAUUUUAUUGUGGAUAGGAAAAGAUUAAAACCAAUUCAAGAUUUAUUAAAAAGUGAAUAUAUUAACUCACCAUUAUUUACAAGUCCAAAUUCAUUUAUUGCAUUUUAUAAUAAUGGUAAUUUUAAAGAUAUCAAAAAUAAUGAAACAUUAUCAUCAAAUUCAACUCCAAUUCAAUCACAAAAUAAUAUUAAUAUUAAUAAUAAUAAUUUAGAAAAUUUAACAAUACCAAUUAAACCAAAUCCGAUAGUUGAACAAAAAAGAAAGUUUCAAGAUGAAGAAGAAUUAAAUUUUAUAUUAUCAUCUCAACAAUGGAAACAAUUGUUUAAUAUUGGUUUAACAAAUAAAUCACUUUAUCCAAAAUUUAUUGAUAACAAAUCUACACAAAUUACAAAGAGCUAUAAUCAUUUACAAAUUCCAAAAUCAAUUAAAACAAUUAUUACCAGAGGAAAUUCUUCACCCCUAAUUAACACUUUUUUCCCAAUAGAAUUACUAUUUAAAUUUAUACCUCAAGUUUCUGAUAUUUCACAAUUUAUAUUUCAUGAAAAGCAAAAAGAAAUGGGUUUUGAAAUUAUUGAAAGAAGUCCAUAUUCAAUUUUAGAAAAAGGUUUAAAUUUAAAUUUAAAACAACAUCAACAUCAACAUCAACAUCAACAGCAACAGCAACAACCACAACAGCAGGUUAAAUCAAAAUAUGUAGAUUUUUGGUCUUUACCAUUAUUUCACAGCAGAGAAUCGCUGUCUCAACAGGUGAAUGUCGAUUUUAAUUCUACUUUUAGUAAACCUUUACCAUCUCCAAGUUCAAAUUCCCCAAUACCACCCUCAUCUCCUGGUAAUUCAAUUGCCCAUUCUCCAUUCAAUGUAAAUUCCCCAAGUGCAAAUAUCCCUCAAUCUCCUAAAACUCCGAUAACCUCACCUGAAGAUCAUCUCCAAGAUGGUGAUAUCCAUAUAACCACUGGCGAUAAAAAAAGACAAUCAAAACAACAAAAGAAAGGAAGAUCAUCAAAAAGAAAAAAAGAAGAUGUUCAACAACCUGCAAAUGAUACUUUUUUAGUACCCCUAACAAAACCAACAAACUCAACAAUAACCCAAGAGCCAAUUCAACAAAAUUUACCCUCUCAAACAGUGCAACAUGAGCAGCAACAACCAAUACAACAACAACCACAGGUACAGCAAUCACAACCACAACAAUUACAAUUACAGCAACAUGAACAACAAAUAAAUAAUCCAUUUAAUAGCUCAAUGGAUAUUUUUGGUGCAGAUUUUGAUGAAAUUAAAAGCAAAGAUGACGAUCUAAUGCAUCUAUCAGUUUCUGAUAUGGAUUUAGAUUUAUGGACCAGUCAUUAUUAUGUUGCACCACCACCAAAUAGUAUAAAACCAAACCAAAAUCAAAGACAGGUUCCAAAUAACAUUGAUGAUCCAUUCCAAUCAUUUAAUAUCAAACCACAAACAACAAAUGAAACAAAUUUAAAUUUACCACCACCACAACUACAACAACAACUACAACAACCACCACAACUACAGCAACAACUACAACAACCACCACAACAGCAAGAACAACUACAACAAGAAAUUUUACAACCAAUUCAACAACCUCCACAACAAGUAAUACCUCCACAACAAUCACAACCACAACAACAAAAUAUAAACAAAAGUAGUAAAGAAGGUAUAAAUAUUUCAGAUAAUGAAAAGCCAUUUUUAGAUGCUCAAUUUUUAUGCCCUGUUCCAUAUAAAGCCCCUUCAUUAAGUCAAAACCAUCUUCCUAUUCCACAUCAUGACUCUCCAUUAAUAGAUUCAAUAAUGUCAGAGCACACAAGACAAAAUAGUGGCAGUAUUGGUUCAAACUCUAGUACAGGUGGUGUUAGUGGAAAUCAAAAUGAAAUCGGUUUAUCAUUUUCAUCAGAAAAUCAUUUAUCCCAAUCACCACAUGAAAACCUCAUUCUUAGAAAUAGCUUAGGUGGUGGAGAUGAGUCAAUUGAUGGGUUAACUACAUUUUAUGGAAAUCUUACACUUUCAAGAGCAAAUCUAGAUCAAUCUUCAAAGAAUAAGAGCAAUGCUCCAUAUUAUUGUGCACCAUCAUAUAAGCCAUUAGAUGAACAUACCUUACCAAUCCAACCAAAAUUUGAAUACACAUAUACUCCAACUCAAAAACCAUCAAAUCAAAUGAACCAAACAAAAUACUCACCAUUUACAGCCCAUUCCAACUUACAUAACUAUCCACACCAACCAACAUCUCAACAAACACAACAACCAUCACUAUCUUUAUCAAAUCAAAAAAUAAACUAUUCCUCACCACCCAUUUCUCCAAAAAUGAAUGGUAGAUCUAGCCAAAGUAUAAAUAUAAAACCAACAAAUGAAUCGCUAGGUGAUGAAAAAAUAGAUCAACAACAACAAGAUCAACACAAUUUUGCAACACAAGAACAAGAUGAUAAAAAUGUAUUUUUUAAAACCACAAAACAAAAACAAGAAGAAGAUCAACCCAAACCAUCAUCAUCUGCAUUAUUAUCAUUCUUUGAUCAAUCUUUAAGCUUUAGUCCAACUUCACCAUUAGUAAAUUAUCCCACUCCCUCAUUAACCACACCAAUAAAUCCCUCAUCAUUAGUAAACCAAGCUAAUAAAUCACCAUUACUUCAAAGUAUCCAACCACAUCACAUCACCAAUGAUGAAUGCUUUGACCUGGCAUAUGUUAUUCAACAACUUUCAAUAACAAACUACGAUUCGACCUUUGGUUUUUCUAUUGAUAAUAGUCCACUAAUCAGACAAAGUGUUGACUAUUAUAUUGAAAAUUGGUUAAAAGUUUAUUCCGAAACUGGUAAAUUAUUCAACCAUCAUAACUUACAAUUUUUAACUGAAGAAUAUAUUUCAGAUGCUUUAGAAACCGUUAUAGAUCCCAUUACAACUAAUGCAAUUCUAGAAACAAGUGUUAAAAAUUUAUAUUCAGUCUCAAAUGAAAUUAUUAAAAAAAUUUUUCCACUAUCAACUAAUCCAUUAUCAAUUAAAGAAUUUUGUAAUAAUAUAAAUAAUAAUAUAAAUAAUAAUGAUAUAUUAAAUAAUGAUGAUGAUACUAUUUUAACACAACAGAAUAAUUUAAAUAGUAGUAUUGAUAAAGGUAUGAUGUCAAUGGAUACUGAUGAAUUUUCUAUUUCAUCAAAUUUAACAAAUAAUAAUAUUAAUAAUAAUAAUAUUAAUAAUAAUAAUAAUAAUAAUAAUAAUCAAAUUGAAAAACAAUUACAACAACAUCAAGACUAUUCUUUUGAAUGGUUACCAAUUCCAAAAAUUAUAGUUGGUCAUAAAGAAGACUGGUUAGAAGUUCCAAUAACAACACUCAGAUUUUGGGAUAAAGCUCAAUUAGAACCUUAUUCACCAAAGAAAAAUAUUACUUAUUUUGUAUUAUGUCCAGAUACUCCAGCAAUGAGAGUACAUGCUCCUGCCUUUUUCUCUGAUCUUAGUUGUAUUUAUGAAACAAAUCAUCUAGGUAAUCAUGUUACUCAACAACAAUCAUUUCAACAACAACAACAGGCACAACAAGAAGCUCUACAGAAACAACAACAACAACAACAAAAAUCACCAUUCCAUAAUAAUCCCUAUCAUCAUCAACAAGUACAGCAGCAACAACAACAAGCACAACUGCAACAACAACAAAAAUCACCAUUUUAUAGUGGAAUUUGUUAUAUCUCCUCACCCUUUUCAACUUCAACAACUACCUCAGCAUCAAAUACAUCAAACAAUAAUAAUAAUAACUCUGAAACAAACUUAAACUCUUAUAUUGAUACAUAUUAUCUUAAUUGCAUUCAAUUUGGAAACUAUUUAAAAGAUCUAUCAACAAAAUAUACUGAAAAUAAUUGUAUAGUUUUAUAUAUUGUAAAUCCAUUUUCAGAUUUAAGUUCACAAAACAAUAACAAUAGUAAUACCAAUGAUAAUGAUAAUAAUAACUCUUCAACCAUAAAUAAUAAUGUGAAUAAUAAUAAUAUGAAAUCAUCAACAUCAGAAGAUAUUAAUCAUUUAAGAAAUUCAUAUCUUUUUACUAGCUCUUGUUUUCAAACUAUUUUACGUGAUACUUCAAUUCAACAAUUUUUAAAUGUAACAAUUCAAACCAUACCAAUUGAACAAGUUUUAUUAGAUGACCCAAGUUCCUCCUCAGUUACAAAAGAAUUAGCAUUCUCUGUUUUUAACAAAUGUAGAAGAAUUUCAACACUUUCAUCAACCCAAACCAUUCACUUUACAUCCCAAAUUAAUCAAUUAAAUAAUAAUAAUGGGGGUAACAAUACAACCAAUAAUAGUAAUAAUAAUUGGUAUCAUAAAUUAUUUAGUAAAAUCUAUGAGCCAUUAUUUAUUUUAUCUCAAGCUGAACAACCACAGCAACAAAUUACUACAAUUCAUUUUUGCUAUACUUUGUCAGAUGAUAAUAAAUGGCUAUCAUGUUCAUUAGUUGAUGAUUAUGGGGAAAUGCUUGAAAAUAAACUUAUACCUUUGGCUGUAUCCGAAACUACUGGUGAUUAUUUAUGGAAAGAUUCAUUCCAAAAUGCCUGGUUCUUUAUUUCAGAAAUCAUUGGUCUAUCUCUUUCUGGAUCACUUUGUUCAGUUGUAAUUGGUAAAUUUGGUAUUAUUUCCAAACAAGAAUACAAUGAUUGGCAAACUACAAUAGAGCAUUUUGAAAAGAAUUUAGAGAGUCAAAGAACUCAAGUUCCAUUGGUUGAUAAAAUUUAUAAUAUUGAAAGUGUUAUAUUUUUAAAUUUAACUUUUAAUACAAGUUUUAAAUCAUUUUUAACCGAAUUUAUAAAUGAUCCAAAAUUAGAAAAUAACUCAAUUAAAUCCGUAUCACCUUUAUCAAAUCAAACCUUUGCAAUUUAUCCAAACAAUCCAAUUUAUUAUUCUUAUAAUUUUCCUUCAAUAUUUGAUAAUGAAGAAGAUUUUACUUUACUAAAUAAUAAUAAUAAUAAUAAUAAUAAUAAUAAUAAUGAUAAUUUAUUACCACUAUCCACAUCAUUUGUAAUAACAUCUCCAGGUAUAACCUCAAAUAAUAUUACCAAAAAAGAACUACCAUUCACCUAUAUGAUUUCAAUUGUUGGUAUCCAAAAUGUAAAUAAACAACAAAAUCAAAAUUAUCAAGAAACUAUUAAAUUUAUUACAAAAUCCUAUCAUAAGCUUUCCUAUUUAAAUAUCUCACCAAAAUUUCCAGAUAGACUUUCAGUUCUUCCAAUUCACUUUUCAAUAAGUAAAAGAAUGAGUAGAACCGUAUGUUUAAUUUCUCCUAAUACCCAACUAUCUGCACCAAUUUUGUACCACCGUUCUCCUAAAAUAACAAAUUUAAAACAAUAA